AUGGCCACCAAUGACAAACAUCCUAUAUCUCCUGACGAGUACCAGGAGAAGAAGGACCAAAAGCCCGAGCAGCCUUACCAGCUCAAUCGUCGAUCUAAUGCCGGCCCGACUUCUUCUCAUGCCGAACACGCUGGUGCUUUAUCCGAUAGCACCAUAGGCUCUGAUAAUCAGUCUCCGCCUCCCAAGGAUGGGAAACGUGUGAUUAGCGAGUACGAAGCUUAUGAUAAGUUGGGGUUCUCUUUUCCCCGAUGGAAGAAAUGGACCAUCAUCAGCGUGAUCUUCGUUGUGCAGAUGUCUAUGAAUUUCAACAGCAGUGUCUAUGCGAGCUCCGUGACGAAGAUAUCUGAACAUUUUGGUGUAAGUGAGCAGGCAGGUCGUGUGGGCCAGAUGAUUUUCUUGGUCACAUAUGCCUUUGGUUGUGAGUUAUGGGCACCGUGGAGUGAGGAGUUUGGCCGGUGGCCUAUCAUGCAGCUCAGUUUGUUCCUGGUCAACAUUUGGCAGCUUCCGUGUGCCCUGGCGCCGAACUUUGGCUCUUUGAUCGUCGGUCGAGCGCUUGGUGGCUUGAGCUCUGCAGGUGGUUCCGUCACACUCGGUAUGACCGCUGAUAUGUGGGAGCCAGACGACCAGGGGUUCGCUGUCGCGUUCGUCGUGCUCUCUUCCGUCGGUGGCACGACCAUUGGGCCCGUCUUUGGGGGUUUCAUUGGACAAUGGUUGUCUUGGGAAUGGAACUUUUGGAUCCAGCUUAUCUUCGGGGGUGUCACGCAGAUAUUGCACUUCUUCCUCGUGCCGGAGACUCGAGCCACCAUCCUGCUCGACCGUGAAGCACAACGCCGGCGAAAGACCGGCGAGGACCCCAAUAUCUACGGACCGGGCGAAGUGAAAGAGUCUCGCUUUAGCCUCAAGGAAAUCCUGCACAUUUGGCGUCGGCCCUUCGAGAUGUUCCUUCGUGAACCGAUCGUGCUUUGUCUUUCUCUAUUUUCAGGAUUCUCCGAUGCUCUAAUCUUCAUUUUCACCGAGUCCUUCCCACUGGUGUUUAAGCAAUGGGGCUUCGAUGACCUGACGACCGGACUGGCUUUCAUCCCCAUCCUCAUUGGAUACCUCAUUGGCUACUUCUUGGUUAUCCCGGACGUCUGGCGGCAGAGGCAGGUUCGCAAACGCCAUGGCACUGCAUCUCGUCUUGCCGAACGGCGUCUCCUGUUGUUGCUCUUUAUUGCUCCUCUUGAGACGAUCGGUCUUUUCGGCUUUGCUUGGACAUCAAUGGGACCGCAAUACACGCCAUGGAUCGCGCCUAUGAUCUUUUCUACCCUCAUCGCCAUAGCGAACUACGACAUCUACAUGGCCACGAUUGAUUACAUGGUCGCUGCGUACGGCCCAUACUCUGCUUCGGCCACCGGCGGUAACGGUUUCUCGCGUGAUCUGCUCGCAGGCAUUUCGGCGAUGUACUCGACACCCAUGUACCAGAACAUCGGAGGAAGAUUCCAUCUUCAGUGGGCCAGUACGCUGCUGGGUUGUCUGGCAUUGUUGGUCGCAAUUCCCAUUUACGUCUUCUACUGGAAGGGACCGCAAAUCCGUGAAUGGAGCAAGUUUGCCCAGGUCCUCGAAGCCGACAGAGCGCGCAGCCAUGAACGUCGCGUCAGUCAUACUGAAGCCGAGAAGCCUUACGUUUAG